AGACAUAAAUAAAAAAGAAGAAUAUGCCCUACACAAGUUUAAAGUACUGUCAGAAUUUAAUAUUUUUGAUUAAAGUCCCAUAAAAAUUUAUCUUUAUGAUACAAUGGCUUUAUCUCAAAAUAGUAUACGCCCUACAUUAAGAGAAUGGGCUCCGUUGACCGAACUGUUAGCAAAAUUACCGACAAAACAUCAGAAUGGUUUACUUUAUCAAGAAGUAAAAAUCGCCUGUAUUGAUGUUUUACCCGAAUUCAUAGCUGUUGGGACAAAUGUUGGAAUUGUUUAUUGGUUUGAUCGAAGCACAAAGGAUAUACAGAGAUUGAGAUGUGAAAACAAUAUUUCAGUAACUGUCCUAAAAAUCAUAUCUACCGUUGACUACAUGGUAGCCUGUGGAAAUGCAGUCGGUAAUAUAAGUAUUUUUCAAAUACCUAAAACAUGUCCAGAUAAUCUACCAGAAAGUUUAAAGCCAAAAAAUAAGCAGGUAGAAAGAUACACUGUAACAUCAUUGCAUAAGUCUCCUAUAAGUGCAAUUGAAUGGUCUAAGAAUGGAAUGAAAUUAUUUUCUGGUGAUAAAAAUGGUUGCGUGGUAUUAACAGAGAUAGACUUUUAUAUGCACAUUUGUAAAUCAUAUGAUAUUUUGAACGAAGCCUAUGAAGUGGUUCAAUUAAGUUACAAUAAGCAACGACUUUUAGUAUCAACUACUUACAGAAGUAUUAUUUGUCAAAAAGUAGAAAAGUGGAAAGUAUCACAAGUAGGAACAAAAGAUAGAAAAGUACUUGGUAGUUUUGGAGGUAUAAUAUAUCAAUACAGUGAAAAACCUUCAGAUAUUUGUUUGUAUUGUACAAGACCAGGAUUACGACUUUGGUUAGCAGAUAUUGAAGGAAAUGUAGAGAAAACACUUCUAUUCAAGGAAAUUUUAACUAAGGAACGUCCAGAAGUGCCAUUAAUAAACCCAAUUUCAAUACAUUUGAAAAGGUUAAAACCACAAAAGGAACCUGCAUUUGGAAUUUUGUUACCAUUCAAUGAAACAUUAUUAGUCACAUAUAACAAUGAUGUUCUAUACAUUUUGGAUCCCAAAGAAAUGGCCGUUAUUUCUACAGUUAGUCAUUUGAGAGGAAUCUUGAAUGUCGCUACACAUAAAGAUGAAAUUUUCAUAUUGGAAGAAGAUCGUAGUAUAGUGAGGAUAUCAAUUAAACCAGAAAUAAAAUGUGGAAAUACAUUUGCAUCUACAAAAGAGACAUUUCUGCCACUGAGUUCUCUAAAAGAUUUAACAUCAAAAUUACAAUCAAAAAAUAUAAUCACAGCAAUGCCAGCGCUAGUAGAGGGUUCCUUUGGACAAGAUCUAAAUAUUCACACUGAUGACACAUUAAUAAUGAAUGCAGAGGAAGCCAAAGAAUCUCCAACAGCAAGUGGAAGUUCCAAUUCCCAUAUUCAUCGAAGAUUUGAAGAAAUUGGUAAACAAGAAUUUGAAGAUAAUAUUUUAUAUAAAAAGAGUAAGCGUAAGAAAAAACGUUCGCCCAUGGAUACCAGUACCUUGAGUAUAAGUUCUAAUAGUUCAGAAGAAAAGGAAUCUAACUUGACUAGACCAACAAUCAUGAAUUUAAGUACUGUAGGUGUUUUGCCUGAUUUAAGAAGUCCGGAAUCUAUAAAAUAUGAUAUCGAAUAUAAAGAAAAAAUAUUAGCAGAUGUAUUGAAUUUAGAUAAAAUCAGAAUACUGGAUAUAGAAGAUAGUUCUGGUGAAAAUAAUGUUCCAGAUAACAAAUUUCUUGAUGAUAAAACUUGCAAGCAACAUUUAAUUGAUCAAGAAUAUUCUUUUAAGCAAAGCUCUAGUAAAAUAGUACCUAAAUCAACAUCAUAUUCAAAAGAAAAAGAUAGUUGUACCAUAUCUUCAACUAAAUUUGAAUCUCAAAGCAGUUCCGAAUCAACUGUAACGAAUUUACACAAAACUCCAGAACCUACUAAAAAGGUACCACAUGAUACAACUUUAAUAUCCAAUGUUUUAGAUCCACCAGCUUGCAUGAACAUCCCAAAUACAUGGGGAGUAAGCAACAUCCGUUUAAGAGAUCGAACGAUCAAUGUGAUAUCUGAUGAUUCUCUAAGUGACUGGGAAAUUGUUUAAAAAAUACUCACUAUUAUUUUUUAAUAAAUAUAAGCCUAAAUGAUCUAAUGAAAUUAUAGUCAAACAUAAACAAGGUGGUCUAGAUUUAUGUACGUUAAUUUCUAGAGCUGGUGGUAGAUACAACACUUUAAGGGAUGAAUUGGGAACCUAAUUUUUCCAAAUAUCCGUUAUCAUACAGGAUGGGUAGUGGUAUGAAAUUCGUACUUAAACUGGUUGGUAGAUAUUUAGUCACUCCUUAAAAUAGUUGUACCUUCCUUAUUAUUUAGCUCUAGAAAUUAAUGUAGCUGGAGCAUAUAUUAUUUUUUAUUUUCACAUGGUGAUAUUUUCGUUGCUACAAUAUUAAUAUAUUUUUUUUUAUAUUCAAUGAAUAAAAUUAUGACAAGAAAAUUUGUUGUUAUCAUUUUUCUACGAAACUAUGGGCGUUGAAUGUAUCAGCCUAAUUAAGAACAACCUACUAAUACUAACCGGAGACUUGUUGCCUCAAUGGACAUCGAAAGACGCUAGAACUAGCA